AUGGCCUCAGGGAAUCACAGCCGCAUCACAGAGUUCAUUCUCCUCGGGCUGUCUGCUGACCCCCAUGUCCAGGCUCUGCUCUUUGUUCUGUUCCUGAUGAUUUACCUUCUGACUCUGCUGGGGAACCUGCUGAUCAUACUCGUGAUCCAUACAGAUUCUAACCUCCACACACCCAUGUACUUCUUCCUCAGCCACCUCUCCUUCCAAGACCUCUUCUAUUCUUCCGUCACUGUGCCCAAGCUGCUGGAGAACCUCCUGUCUCAGAGAAAAGCCAUCUCAGUAGAGGGCUGCCUGGCUCAGGUAUUCUUUGUGUUUGCCACUACAGGGAUUGAGGCUUGCCUGCUCUCAGUGAUGGCCUAUGACCGCUAUGCCGCCAUCUGCCACCCUCUGCUCUAUGGCCAGGUGAUGAGUAAACAGCUAUGUGAGAGGCUGGUGUGGGGUUCUUGGGUUGUGGCCUUUCUGGAUGCACUCAUGAACAUCCUCCUGGCUUUGAAUAUGGACUUCUGUGAUGUUCAAACCAUCCACCACUACUCCUGUGAGCUGCCUUCCCUCUUCCCUCUCUCCUGCUCUGAUGUCUCCACCAACUCUGCGAUGCUACUCUGCUCUGCGCUCCUGCAUGCCAUUGGGACCUGCCUCCUGAUCUUUUUCUCUUACGUUCGCAUUGUCUCCACCAUCCUGAGCAUCGGCUCCACCUCAGGCAGAAGCAAGGCCUUCUCCACCUGCUCCUCCCACCUCACUGCAGUGAGCCUGUUCUAUGGCUCAGCCAUUUUUCGCUAUCUCAUGCCAACCUCGGGUUCACCUCUGGAGCUGAUCCUCUCCAUACAGUACAGUGUAAUCACGCCCCUGGUGAAUCCGCUCAUCUACAGCUGGAAGAACAAGGAGGUGAAAGCAGCUCUGAGGAGAAUGACGAUAAAAUAUUUACAAUGUCUCAGCACCGAAGAGAUAUAA